CAAUUUCGAGAUGCUGCCAUCUACUGCUGUUAUCCUUAGGACCAGCGCCCGCCUGGCUACGUCCCAAACUCUCACUCGUGUGUCCGCCCCCUCCCUGACCUCAUUCCGAUGCCUCAACCGCGGUCUCUCAAUAUUUCAUGCCCUCGCCGCCGCUUUCUCACUCAACAGAGAUCGGGCCCGUGAGAUUGAGGCACAGACUGUCAGCAACAUUGACAGCAAGCGCGAGACAGCAGCGUACCUCAAGGUUUUCACGCUUACCUCAGAGCAUUUUGCAGUCAUCAAGGUCGGGGGCGCCAUUCUUCAGGAACACCUAGACGAGUUCUGUGGCAGUAUACUAUUGCUCUAUGAGCUUGGGCUGUACCCAGUGAUUGUCCACGGCGGCGGUCCGCAACUGAAUUUCCGCUUAGAAGCUGAGGGGGUGGUUCCUCAAUUUGAAGAUGGCAUCAGUUACUCUGAUGCCAAAACCCUUACUAUUGCACGUAAGCUUUUUCUAGAAGAAAACUUGCAACUUAUCAAACGCUUAGACGCAUUUAGUGUCACAGCACGAUCUAUACAGGGAGCCUUUAGAGCUUCUUACCUUGACAAGGAGAAGUGGCAGUAUGCUAGCAAGAUCACAGAGGUUCGGAAGGAAGCUAUCGAGAGCAGUAUAUCAGCAGGAUACAUACCGAUCCUGACUUCAAUGGCUGAAGGGGAUGAAGGUCACCUCUUAAAUGCCAAUGCGGACGUUGCGGCUGCUGAACUUGCUCGUACGCUUAAGCCCUUAAAGCCCUGGUGCUGUUAUGGCACUUGUCUUAAAAUUCGGGAGAUGCAGGCUCGCUUGGGUAAUCGCAUUCGAAAGACUUCCUCGAUCAAGGAACUUCAAGACAUCAAGAAGCUCGAGGCUACGUCAAACAGCAGCCCCGACAGUCUUGGCAUUGCGACUAUCGUGGAUCAAUUCGCCGGUAUGCCAACAGAGAAGAAGUUCACUGCCUAG